AUGUCUCUUCCGACGUUUUUGCUUAUCUUCCUUUGUUACUGCACACUUCCUUCUCUUGCUGAUCCAAGAGCCACAGAAGCUGCAGUGCUGUGCACCAACAGAACUACUCCAAUGCCUCAGCAACAUGUUUUCUUAACAAACUUUUACAAUGCCUUGGAAGCCUUAACCGCUCUUGUUACAAGGCAAAGAUAUGCAGUUGUUGUAAAAGGGUCUUCUCAAAAUGUCACUGUUUAUGCUUUUGGUGAGUGCAUGAAAGAUCUUUCCAAACCUGAUUGUGAUGUAUGCUUUGCACAGUGCAAGACACGUGUUCUUAAGUGUUCUCCAUUUCAGAGAGGCAUUUGUGGUGGCAAGCUCUUCUUUGAUGGGUGCUAUCUGCGGUAUGAUGGAUACAACUUCUUCAAUGAGAGUCUUAGUCCUCAAGACAUGACUGUGUGUGGUGCCAAAGAGUUUAGUGGGAAUUGGAGUGUUUAUAAGGCCAAUACUGAGGAGCUAGUGAGAAGUUUGAGCUUGGAAGCACCAAAGAAUGAUGGGUUCUUUGUGGGGUAUGUGAGUCUAAGGAAUGUUACUGUUUAUGGGUUGGCUCAAUGCUGGAAGUUUGUGAAUGGCAGAGCCUGUCAAAACUGUUUGGCUAAUGCUGUUACUAGGAUUGAUUCAUGUGCUUCAAAAGAAGAAGGAAGGGUAUUGCAUGCUGGAUGUUACUUGAGGUAUUCGACACACGUGUUCUAUAAUCAUUCAAACAACAUUUCCCCUCAAGUGAAUCAAGGAAGUAGAAAUCUUGGUAUAAUUGUGGCUGCAUCAUAUGCUGCAGUGGCUCAUCUGCUGGUUGUUGCCAUAGUUAUUUUCUUUGUAUGGACAAACGUCCUGAAGCGGAAGAGAGAGAGAAGACAGUUUGGUGCACUUUUGGACACAGUGAACAAGUCUAAACUAAAUAUGUCAUAUGACAUUCUUGAAAAAGCCACAAAUUACUUCAAUGAUUCUAAUAAGCUAGGAGAAGGAGGAUCAGGUUCAGUUUAUAAAGGAGCUCUGCCUGAUGGAAGAACCGUGGCUAUAAAAAGGCUUAGCUUUAACACAUCACAAUGGGCCGAUCAUUUUUUCAAUGAGGUCAAUUUGAUUAGUGGCAUUCAUCACAAAAAUCUGGUGAAGCUUUUAGGUUGCAGCAUUACAGGACCUGAAAGCCUUCUUGUUUAUGAAUUUGUGCCUAACAAUAGCCUUUAUGAUCACCUAUCUGGCAGAAGGAAUUCUCAACAGUUGACAUGGGGAGUUAGGCAUAAAAUCAUAUUGGAAACAGCAGAGGGCUUGGCCUAUCUUCAUGAGGAAUCACAAAGAAUCAUUCAUAGAGAUAUAAAAUUAAGCAACAUUCUGCUUGAUGAUAACUUCACACCCAAGAUUGCUGAUUUUGGACUUGCUAGAUUAUUUCCAGAAGACAAGUCUCACCUUAGCACAGCCAUUUGUGGCACACUGGGUUAUAUGGCUCCAGAAUAUGCAGUUCUUGGAAAGUUAACUGAGAAAGUAGAUGUCUCCAGUUUUGGAGUUCUAGUCAUGGAAAUUAUAUCAGGCAAAAGGAGUAGAUCCUUCGUUCAAAACUCAUACUCCAUCCUACAUACGGUCUGGGGCCUUUAUGUAUCAAAUAAGCUAUGUGACAUUGUCGAUCCAAUUCUAGAGGGAAAUUAUCCAAUUGAGGAAGCAUGCAAACUCCUUAAAAUAGGGUUGCUUUGUGCACAAGCAUCUUCAGAACUUCGACCAACAAUGUCAGUAGUUGUGAAAAUGAUUACUAACAAUCAUGAAAUUACUCAGCCAACACAACCACCGUUUCUCAAUUGUGGUAGUGAAGAAUUCAGCAAAUCUACUUUACGAUAUACAAGUCUUCAGGGGACAGCAUGACCGAAAGUC